UGUAAAAGUACCUCCAGUCUUUACACUAGCUUUUAUUUCUGUAUGGGCAAGACUCCUUCAGUGGGCUCAUUGCAAUGAGUGCUCUGUUGGACAUUCUGCAGUGGCUCGUAUCGUGACCCAACAGGGUGACUCUGAUUUGCUACAUCGAGAGCAACGUCCUGAGCCGCCCAAACAGUCUCAUAUAAACCAAGUCGCGUAACCAUUUGCACUCUUCUAAACUACAUAAGCAGGACAACUAGAGUCAUUGUAUGAUCUCUUACCAUCCACCUCUGGAAAGAUCAAAUCACCGCUGUACAUUUAUUUGCAGCAAGAGAGCCCGGUGGUCCAUAUUGAAUAACCACCCACGAAUAACUAUGGCAUCUCUUACGAAAACCAAACAAUCCCCUUCAAAACUCACACCAACUCCCCUCUCACAAGAAUGCUUAUCCCUUACCCCCCAAACCAAGAAAUUCCUCCACCGCAUCUCCCUCCAUCCAACCCUAACCCCUUACCGCCGCCGCGUCUACCGCACCCUCCUCUCCGUGCCGGAAGGCCGCUGGACCACUUACUCGGCGCUCGCGGCACAUCUAGGCUCCAGCGCACGGGCCGUGGGGAACGCAAUGCGCACGAACCCGUUUGCGCCAGAGGUGCCCUGUCAUCGCGUGCUGGCGAUGAAUGGGACCUUGGGGGGUUAUAAGGGGGAGUGGAUCUUGGGUGGGAAGUAUCAGGUUGAGAAGAGGCGGUUGUUAGAGGAGGAGGGGGUUGUGUUUGAUGAAGGGGGAGGGCGCAGGGAGAUUGCUUUCGGGAGUUUGUGGAUUUGGGGAGCGGGAAGUAGGUGUGGUGAAUGUUGUUUGGGGUUUGAUGCUGAUAGUGAAGAUAGUUGA